GGCCCUAUACGGGACCGAGCGUGAAUAUGAAACAUCGCGCGCCAAUUGGGAGAGGGCUCGCCGUCGCAGCGCGUUCGUAACGCCGUGUCAGAGCAGGUGGCAAGUCAAGCCAAAACACGACCGAUACAAGCGGUGACCGUGCGUGCAGUUUGAAAUGUAGACAGCGGAUACAGCGGUGGCGGCGGUGGCGCUAGCAGCAGCAGCAGCAGCCACAGCAGUGUCCUUCCAUGUCCAUGAUUUUACGUCAAGCGACUCGCUGAUUCCGCUGCCAAAACGGAAUGCGCGACCAGCGCGAAUGCAACUCGACUCAAGCACGGGAUUCGUGGCGACGUCCUCGCGGGAGAAAACAUGUCGGACCAGGGCAACAAUCCCCCGACGGAAAGGGCGAGGGCGCUAUUGCAAGGCCACAUGUACGAAACCGACAAGGACUGGCACGUGACCAUAGUUGCUGCCGCCGCAUUUUUCUUCGGUUCUGCGUCCAUCCGCUCUUCAGGAAUUUUCUAUCUGAGCAUUAUGGAUGAGUUUCGGGUGUGUCGAUCCACGGCGUCGUGGCCGGACACACUCAUUGAUGCAACCAGCGAAAUGGCCGGGCUCCUAGUGGCCGUGUUUUUCGAGCGCGUCAACCCGCUUGGAGUUAUGACGGUCGGCAGCAUCCUAGCCUGGGCUGGCGUCAUGUGUUCGGCCUUGGCACCCAGCAUCGUAUGGAUAUCGCUCACGCUCGGUGUCACUCACGGUAUCGGCAUUGGACUGGUAUUCAGCUCGCUGCAGGUGUUCCUUAGCCAGAACUUCAGCAAGUACCGUGGCACAGCUCAUGGCAUCAUGUACGCUGGUGCAGCAGCCUCGGCCAUGGUGUUCCCCUACUUGCUCGAGUACACCACGCAUGUAUUCGGGUUCCGUCUGUCCCUCGUCAUCUUUGGUCUUAUCCUGGUCAACCUCACUAUCAUAACCCUGCUUCUGGACAAAAACUCGUGGGUGGACAGCGCUGCCACAAGGCGAGCAGCUCGGGGGAGCCUUUACAAGUCCACCAGUGACGGAAGGGCGUCAUCUACAACCGCUGUCCACGCAGAGAGCAGCUUGCCAGAACCGGGGUCGCCUUCACACACAAACAUUAUUCUCCGGGAAGGCAGGGUAUUCAGUUGCCCGAUGUACUACGUCAUACUGGGCACGUGGAUCCUCUUCAACUACUGCUUCGACAUGUUCAUCGGCACUAUCGAUGAUUACGCCACGGACAAGCAGCUGGGUUUCCUCAAGACGAUAUCUAUACUGCCCAUAAUCUCCACGACGGACAUCUUCGGCGGCGUCUGUCUUCCUGCGCUCGUUGACAAGGGGCUACUAAGCCGGAGCGCUCUUCUCAGCACCACUUACCUCGGCCUCGGAGUCACCACAGCGAUUCUGCCUGUGAUGACAGCUUUCCUCCCGUUCGUGGGCGUUUGUCUUGUGAUGGCAAUGUUCAUGGGCUCUGGCAACGCCAUGUAUGGUGUCCUGCAGGCCGACUACAUCCGUCAGGAUCGACUACCCGUUUCGUACGGCACAGCAGGAUUUCUCGCAGGUAUCCUGCUCAUCGCCAAGCCGUUUGUCAUAGGUUACUUCCGGGACUACCAUAAAUCAUACGAUGGGCUCUUCCGGAUGUUGUCUGUGAUAUUACUUUUUCUGGGGUUAUCUUGGCUCGUCGUGGUAGUAUACGAGUGGCACGUGAGCGGCUCGUGGAAAAGAAAGAAAAGAAGACAGGCUCUGGUCGGAAUUCUGCAAAACUUGUGACUUUCAUAGAAAAAAAUAAGACACUUGCACUGUGUACUUUCCCUCCGUAGGCAGUAAGUUAUCCUGACAUCAUCUUUAUCUUCGAUGGGGCGUUACGCAGAUGUAUAAUAUUCAUCGCCCUCCAUGACGCAGGCCAGCAAACUUAUUUGCUGGUGUCCAAGUUCAUUAGCUUUUCAUGUCUGUGAUAUGACAAACUUUCAAAUGAAGAAGGUGAGAUAAGUGGUAUAUACCCAAUAUUUUGCAGAGGGACAUUACUGCCGUGAUAUAAUGUGAAUAUCUUACACACUCGUCACUAAGCCUUCGUCGCAGGUAAGAACAAGUGUUCCGAAAAGGGCACACCGAGAUCGACCUUCUUUAAUGCAUUGCGAGCAAAAGCUUGACUUCGGCAACUGGGACAAUGCUUGGCGUUGUCAUUGAACCAGAGGUAACAACAAAGAACAUAAGAUAUUUAGCCGAACAUAGUAUGCAAUUGAGCGAGGUGGUGAUGGAAACACUUAAGUGCAAGAAUCAUGUACUCAAGUACGAAAGAAGGCUGGGUUAGCAGUAUUUAACUGCAAACUCUGCCACCUCACGAUAAGUAUCCACUGAAAUUGAGCCAAAACUUACGGCUACGCGUACACCAUAAAUUACAUAGCAUCAAUGCCCGGAAUUCGCUUGCUAUUUAUAGCGGUGUCACUCUGUGUUUAAUCGUCGAUGCUUCUAAGGUCUACUCUUCCAAGCAUAUUAACCUCCAGGAAUCUUGCUCUGUAGUAAGUCAAUUGCGUUAACCUUGCUGUCUGAUAAAUGAAAGAUUGGUGUGUCGCUGUUCAACAUUAUUCCAUUAUUGUCACACCACUGUUGAUUAGCAUUCUCUGAAACGUUUCCAUCAGCGGGAAUUGAGACGAUUAGAGUACACAACGUGUACCAACUAUCAUGCACCGAGGUUAAAAAAUAUGCAAAUGCCACGUAGCGAGACAGAACCAAGGUAACGUUCUUUGCCGUCACUUGAAGAUACUUAAAUUAUUUUUUUUCAUUCCGCCUAACUACACAAUUCGUCUUAAUUAAUAAUUCAACUUUACAAUUGUUAUAACUGGAUUAAUAGCGUCAUUGAGAAAAUUGUAGAGCAACUUGAAAAACUCCCGAUACUAGCUUUCCGUUGCAAUACGUGCUACAUUUCGGAGCGCGAAGAAAGCCCGCGAAUACACGCUAUGUGAUUCGAGUGACCUGUCGGGCGACAAUUUUACGUACAUUCGCAGACUCCUUUCAUGCUAGGAAAAACGCAUUUAUGUAGCACGUAUUGAGCAACAGAAACCUGUAUCGGGAGUUUUUCGUGUUGCACUAUAAUUUUCUGAUUGAUACUUCUCGUGUAGUUGUAAUACUUGAUAAGUCGAUUAAAUAAUUAAGACUAAUUAUGUAGUUAGGCCGAAUGCGAAAAAUAUUCCGAGUUUCUCCAAGCCACGCUAACAACACUUCCUUGAUUCGGUCCAGCUACGUGGCAUUGGCAUAUACCGGGUGCUCGAAAUUAAGCUUUAUGGUUUUCUUAAAAUUAGGCACUGGGAGGCACACGGAGACAACCUGCGCAAAUAAGUUAUGGGGCCAGGGGGACACAAAGGGAGAUAAUAAUUAUCACUGUGAGCAGCCGCACUAACUAAAAUUGAAUAAUGAACAUUUUAUUGACUGCAGUCAGUGUGUAUGUUUGUAUUUGAAAGUUAGAGGCAGUCGUGUUUGUACACAGUGUCACUUGAGAGAAUUCUAGUGUGUCUGGGCUCCGAGAUAUCCGACUCCAAAUUUUAAUGGUCGUUCGCAUGAUUACACAUUCAAGAGAGUGAGAAUCAGCGCAAUGCCGCUCGCUGAUGUUACGUGGCUGUUACGGGCGGUGUUUAGGCUGACAAAAAGGCGUAGGCAAAGAAAAUAACCGUCUGCCUUCCCCCCUCGGGUCGCGAAAUCACGAUAUGAGAGUUCGGUGUGCCAUGCAGUUGUGGCUCUUCAUUUUAACAAAACUUUCAGCACUUGGAUAUCAGCAGUCACUUUAUUUGUGUAGCCCAGGCAAGCACCACGCCUGCUCGUCUAGUCACCAUUACGCACACGCACUGCCCUCCGGCUUCUCUGCUCGCGCCACGAUCUCGGCAUGGCAGCUGACACCACCGUUACAGGCUGCGCGGUGGUGAUUUACGACAGCGGUUCCGGGUUAUUCGAUUUUUUAUUUCGCCAGCCGAGAGGGGAAGGAGGACAGUUAUCGUUUUCGCCAAAGCCUCCGCCCUGCUGCCAGUCUAAACGCCACGCGCAACAGCCGGAUCACAUCAGGGAAGAGCUUCGCUCCGAAUCUUAACUGCCUUGCAUGGUAAUCAUGCGAAUGACAAUUAAAAUUUGGGUUCGGAUAUCUCGGAGCAGAGACACGCCAAAAUUCUUUCAACUGAUUUGGUGUAGAAACACGACUGCCUCUAACUUUCAAUACAAACAUGCUCACUUGCUGCAGUGAACAAAACGUUAAUUAUUCAAUUUUACUUAAUUGGGCUGCUGACAGCGACAAUUAUCAUCUCGCUUCGUUUCCCCUUGACAACAUAACUUAUUUGCACAGGUGGUAUUCGCGUGCCUCCUGGUGCAUAAUUUUAAGAACACCACUGAGCUUAAUGUUGAACGCCCUGUAUUUUAAUGCUGGUGCAUUAUAAUUAUGCCACCCUGUAUCAGUACGCCACUUCCGACCCUGAUUUCCUCAAGCGUGGCACACCAGCGUCAACUCACAGGGGUGGGUUCAGUUCGAACUUCUAAGACACGUCAGUGAUGUACUGGCCCCCUGUAGUAGCCAAGCUAUUCGACGUAGGCGCCAUUCUUAGGGUUAAAAAUAAAUAAGCAAUUUAAGCUCUCCUCGGUGUUUUAAAUAUCUUCGGUCGAUGGCGAUCAGUGAACUUCUCUAGAUCAACAAAGAAAAAUACUCUCUGAACUCUGUUUACACCUAAUGUCAUGGGAGCACAAAUUUUUGCUGUAUAAUAAAGGAAACAAGUUCCCUGUUUUCUUAUUUUACAUCAUGAGAUAGUUGUCGGGCACACCAACAUUUUAUGUCAAGUAUUUUAUUCAUAACUAUGACACAAGCUGCGUACAGAUGUCAGCCAUACGGUGGGCAGCGUAUCAUGUGCCAUGUUUUUUUUAUUAGGGUUAAGACAUAUUCAAAAUCUGAUGUGGUAUAUAGCACAAUCCUACUAAUCGAGGUUGAUUACUUCAAGAGGCGGACUAUAAUUUCACAGUAAAUUGAAGUGCAUAAUUGAAUACUUAGCAAAACUUUAUCACUAAACCACCGAGCUUAGCACAGGAAUUGUUGUUCACAAAGUGCAGAAAAUGAGCCUCAAAGCAUAUUCAUUUUGAACAAGUUUGAUAUUAGCACCUGUUUUGAGUUAAGCGCCGUCAGUGCUGUUCUAAGAAUGCAUAAGUGUUGGACGUACUUUCUUAAAUACCACAAUUUUUUAUGCAUUCAAGGUUAGAAAAAACUGAAACCCAAACGCAUUUCGCCGCACUUCUUAUGAAUGCAUAUAUGGAAAUGCGUGCCAAUCUGGGAAUCGAGUUCCAAGUAAAUGCGCCUUAUGAAAUCAACAGCUAAAAAUUAAAAAAAAAUGUAAUGUGGGCCGAAACUAAUUAGCAUAACAUUUUAUUGGUAAAUGUUUUCUAAUCUACAAAUAUACAUUUAGAUUUCUCGCGGAAUUAAUGCUCGCCUCUUAGUGUAGUCAAGGUCAAUAUUCCAAUUAUUUUGUACGCAACAGCCAAUUGAAAAAAUAUCUUCACUGUACAAAUUUUAAAAAAUCUAUAAAAGCUCGCUUUACUCAGGCAGGCAUCGCAUGCGUUUUAAACAAUGGACGUUGUAGGCUGUCGAACUUGCGUAUGCAGCUCUUUGGUGGGGUUGCUCAGCUUUAAGAACUAGGUGAGCGCUCUUGCAGCUUUGACCAGCGAACAUCAUUACCAAUCGGCCUCAUUACGCUGCGUGUAAGCGACAUCGUCUUUUCUUUAUGGCAUGCUUCGCCUCAGUGAUAAUGCAAAGCCUCGCACGUGUGCUCUGCUUGUACAGAUAUUUCUGAAUUCUUAUAUGCUUUGAUCAAAUGAAGUCUGCGUAAGAGAUCAAACAUUUAAUAAUUGAAAUACUCGCAGUGAUUUAACGUCAACACGUUGUACAUGCGCGUGCGCCUACUAGGCCUUUCUAUGGAAAUAACCCCUGAGGUAGCGCUGCUCAACGUCUUAAAGAUGGUAAUGGCGAAUGUGUCCUGCAGACACAGGUAAUUUAUGUAUAAGCCCAAACUGUUGAGUGUGUUAACUGCAGUGGCAUGUUUCUAGUCGUCGUUAUUGUCCCUGGUGCAAUCACUUCCGUUUAUGGUAGCCAUUGUGUUCAUAAUUUCUUAGGUUUCCAGGAUUCGUUCAAGAAUAUAAGAACUUGUGAUUUCAAGAUAUGUGAAUGUAUGCGUUAAUGCAUCUUUUGUUUUUCUUCAGGACAUCAUUUGAUAUUGUAUUUUUCGUUUGUCCAUUAUAAUAUAGGUGAAUUUACUCAUCAUAAGCGGCCACCUAAGACAGACAUACAAUGUUCAUUCCUUGUAAAUAGAAAUACGUAGAAUAAAAAUGGCGAAAGCCUUUGUGUGCUGCUCGCAA